CAGCCUACGCGUGUGGUGAUUCCCAGCGUACACGGGUUUAUCUCUAAACGUCUCGCAUCCGCUGUACCUCUCAGCUUAUUUAUAUUUUAGCAUAUCACAUUCAGGCUUUAGCACAGAAACAGCACUAGCCCAGUCGGAAUCAUGUCUGUAGCGGGACUGAAGAAACAAUUCCACAAAGCCACUCAGAAAGUUAGCGAGAAGGUCGGAGGGGCAGAGGGAACUAAAUUAGAUGAAGACUUCAUGGAAAUGGAAAAGAAAGUUGACGUCACCAUGAGGGCGGUGAUGGACAUUAUGACCAAGACAACGGAAUACCUACAGCCCAAUCCAGCAACUCGUGCCAAAAUGAGUAUGAUGAGCUCCAUGUCUAAAAUCCGUGGUGGAGAUAAAGGUCCUGGCUACAUACAGACUGAAGUCAUCCUGGGAGAGUCCAUGCAAAAGUUUGGCAGAGAACUCGGGGAGGAAUCCAGCUUUGGUCUGGCUCUGAUCGAUGUUGGAGAAGCCAUGCGAGAGCUAGGCGAAGUUAAAGAUGCUCUAGACAUGGAGGUCAAGCAGAACUUCAUUGAUCCCUUGCAGAAUAUGCAUGAUAAAGACCUUAAAGAAAUCCAGCACCACUUGAAGAAGCUGGAAGGGCGACGGUUGGACUUUGACUACAAGAAGAAAAGGCAAGGAAAAGUCACAGAAGAUGAGAUCAAACAGGCCUUGGAGAAGUUUGAUGACUCAAAGGACGUUGCCGAACAAAGCAUGUUUAACCUUCUGGAGAGUGAUAUUGAACAAGUGAGUCAGCUUUCUGCUCUGGUCCAAGCUCAGGUGAACUACCACAGACAGGCCACAGAGAUCCUCCAGCAGCUGUCCAGCAAGUUAGAGGACAGAAUAAGAGAGGCUUCUAAUAAGCCGAGAAGAGAGUAUGUCCCCAAACCUCGCACUUCCAUGGAUUUCAGUGAGAACCACAAUGGGAAUAUUGGACACAGUGGCCCUUCCAGGUCACCAGCUCCAAUGGACCAGCCUUGCUGUCGGGCGCUUUAUGAUUUCGACCCAGAAAAUGAGGGUGAGCUAGGCUUCAAGGAAGGUGACAUCAUCACCUUAACCAGCAAGAUUGAUGACAACUGGUACGAAGGAGUGGUCAAUGGGCAGUCUGGCUUCUUUCCUGUCAAUUAUGUAGACAUCCUGGUAGCUUUACCCCACUAAAUCUUACGCAUGUACCCGAAUCUUGACCUAACCAAUCAAACCACUUCUUCUGCAAGAAGAGAAAAUAACCAAAACAAACGGCACAAACAGCUCUGUGGUAUUUGCGCAUAGGAAAUAAGCAACGACAACAUUUGAGUGCUCUUUCGUACAUUUUAUCCCACCACUAUACGUUGCAUUCAUUUCUUUCAUUUUUCUUGAGGUUGACCUGACCUCUGCAUUGCCUGCUGCUAUUCCUCCUGUAUGUUCAGACGUUCUUUAUUUUUGCCUGUUUCCAUUUGCGACAGCAAGCCUUGAAUUGGUCUCUUUAUCCAAAACCCUUUUUUAAAAAAUAUAUAAAUAAAAUGAGAAAAUGUAUUUCGGUUUUUAGUUCUCAACAUAAUGUAUUCAUGAAUGACCAAGGUGAUGUGAAGUAUUAAACGUGUGAAGGAUUUCGCUUUCUUCGAAAUUGCAAUAAUUGCGAAACAAAAUCUUGCAAAACGUCCUGUUCAUGGUGUGAAACGUUUCUUUUAAUGUCCUAAAAAAUCAAUUUUAGCCUUUAAGUGGUGGUAGAGCUGACUAUUUAAAUAGAUUUAAUAUUUAGCAACAAAGAAAAAAAUGAGACGAGGAAAGUUAAGCAAAUCAUUUAUUUGUUGUUACAGUGUGUCGUUCAUCCGUCACGUAACUUUCUGUAUGGUCCAUGAAUCCAGUGGGCAUUUUAAAGCUUUCAUAUCACAUUCCAUAGACGUUAAACCGGUCACUAAAUGUGUGUGUGUGUGUGCGUGUGUGUGCCUGAGUAUGUUAUCUGAACCCAUGAAACUGUGCAUAUCAAACAUUUUUCAUAUAUCUUUUUUCCUUUUGUAAAGGUGAAGUGUGUAGUUUUUGUGCUAGUAUCCACAUCAAAUAAAAAUGUAGAGAAAUGAAUUAAAAAAACGCAGACAGUCCUGGCCUGAAUUCGAAGGUGCCACAGAGCAACAGUGUUUAAACUCUUUAGCACACGGUUAUUGCACCUCUAUGAAUAUUUUAACAUCACAAAAAUUACACGCAUCACCUGAUGUCUGCUCUAAGGCAAGGAUUCAUUUCUGACUGUAAACGAUGUAUAAUCUGGCCUAAUAUUUCCACAGACAGAAUAAGAUAAUGUAUUCUUAAAAGAUUUUAAGUGCGUUUAGUUGAUGUAUUUAUUAUUGUCAGAUCUAAGAUCCCCUUUAUAUUUUAAAAAUAAAAUGAACGUAUCUUGUAUUGGCGGGACAUUCCAAUAUUUUUUCAAUUGUUGUUUAUCCUCAGUGAGGUCUGUACAGACGUUUUUGUGUUUUGUUUCUUAUUUGUGUGUAGUCAUGUAGUACCAUGUGUUACUUUUGGAUCAGUGUUAAAGCAUUUACCACUAGAUGUAAAAUAGACACUGGAUAUUUAUUAAAGUGCUGGGGGAGCGUUUAGUCAGAAAGCACUGCAUAUCAACUCCGGCAUGAAUUUUCAGUGACUCAUCUGAAUUGUUAGGCUUGUACUGAGAAUGAAAAAAAAAAAAAUAGUGCAACUACAAUAAAAAAACAACAACAACA